AUGAAGUGUUUUAUAACUAUAUUUUUUAUAGUUUUGGGUUUUAUAGUUUCAGAUGUCAGAGCUAUGGUAGUAACAACACACGUGCCUACAGAGCUACAUUCUAUAUUAAAUGAGACACGUAGAAUCAUAAACGGAGACGAGGUUACAGAUAGCAGACCGUACAUGGUCUUCUUAAAACUACCACGUUCUAAUCAAAAGCAAGGAAACUACAGGACUUGGUUAUGUGGUGGCGUGAUCAUACAUGAAGAGUACAUAUUAACUUCUGCUGCUUGCAUUGAAGAUGCGGAACAUUUCUACAUAGUUUCUGGAACUUACAAAUACGCUGAUGACGAUGACAGAUACAAUAAUCCCUGCAUCAAAAAUGGAGCUAAGAAAGCUAUAUGGAAGUGCGUUCCCAAAAACUAUGUUUUCGAUGGACACGAGAAUGAUAACAUCAGAUGGAUGAACAACGAUAUAGCCAUAGUCAAGAUUGAAGACGGUUUUGACUUCACAAGAAGGAUUAGAGGUUGCGACUUCAUUCCCAAACCAGUUUGUUAUAACAAUCAGAGUCAAACCUUGGAGAAUCCUGGGACUAUUGUCUCUUUAGCUGGAUGGGGUACCACGUCUAGGUAUAAUGAUUGGGUGAACAGGAGGAAAGAAAACCAACAGAACUUGUUAGAAGCUCACGUGGAAAUUAUACCGAAAAACCGAUGCAAGCGCCGCUGGGGUUCCCGUUACCACAAUAUUAUUGACAACUACAUGAUCUGCACAAAAGACGUUGGACUGACUAUGUCUGAAAUCUGUAAUGAAAAGUACGUAGAUUGCCAAGACAUAAACUAUUCAGAUGAAGAAGACAUGAGGAGAGACACGAAUAGCCAAAAGUCAGAAAAGGUUCCUACUAACUUGGUUAUGCAUUCGGCUUAUCAAGACGAUGCUGUGAAAAAUGUCAUGGUCAGUGGUAACUCCAGCAGAAGAAAUGCAGCUUUAGCUGACGGAGGGUUCUGUGAGAACGACCACGGCGGACCCCUAGUUUACGGUUCCGGAGUAAAUUCUAUCGUUAUCGGCGUCAUCUCUGCUUGUCUCGUCAAAGAGCGGUCAAACAAAUGCUACGGACCCUUCCUCUAUACCAGUAUCUUCAAGAACCGGCAAUUCAUAUCUUGUGCCAUCUAUAAAGACGUCGAACCUAAAUGCCGAAGACAAUUCAGAUCAGGCGUGACGCAUGUAGAAAAAGUGUUUUCAUGGGUGAAUCAUCCCGAUGGCCCUGCGAAGAAUGAACUACCUAAAGAAAAGCUGGCUGAACUGCAGGCAUUACAAGCUGCAGAAGCAGAGGCUGAUGCCGAAGCUAACGCGGCUGUUGCUAAAGACGCUCCUGCAGCCAAUAAUCAGCCAGUUGUCAGAGCCCACGAUCCACCAACAACAAAGAAAUCAGACAAGGUCUUUGCAGGAAGCGGCUUCAUUCUCCGGUCAGGGAACGAAACGAUCACGGAAUUGCCGAUAAAUAUUAAAACAAAUAACAUCACAAUUUAA